AUGUCAGAUAUUAAAUUACAAAGAACCAUUGCUAGGUUCCAAGCCAAAAUUGAUGGUGGUGCUUAUUAUGAAGCCCAUCAAACCUUAAGAACCAUCACAAAUAGAUAUGUGAAAUCGAAACAAUAUACUGAGGCAAUUGAUUUGUUAUAUCAAGGAGCAUCCAUACUUGCCCAAAAGAAGGAAUAUGGAUCUGCUAGUGAUUUAAUAACAUAUCUCAUUCAAGUUCUUGAAGAGGCUGAGAUUACAUGUACCAAGGAUUACAAGAUGAAACUCAUUGACCUUAUCAAUUUAUUACCUGAUACAGAUGUUAGUUUAGCAGAUUUGGCCAAACAAAGUAUUAGUUGGUCUACCAAGGGUAGUGACUCGAAGUUCGGAGACACUGAAUUACACAGUGCAUUUGGUGUCAAGUUCUGUAGAGCCAUCUACAUUGCCACUGGAGAUGAAGAAGAACGUGCAAAGCUUUUCGCUUAUGCUGAAUUACAUUUAAUCUUGGGGACUCACGAAUCCUUACCAUAUUAUGUUGACUUUUUGUAUUCAUGGUAUGAACAACAAAAUGACCCAACAAUUGAUCCAGGAGUGUUUUUGGCUAGAGCAGUUAUGAAUUAUUCUUAUUUGAAGAAUUUUAAAUUUGUUAAUGAAGCAGCAACUAUUUUCAUUGAUAAAUUGAACUUGAAAGUAUCAAAUUUUGAAAAAAUUGAUGCUAAUGGAAGCUUUAUCUACAAUUAUAAAGGAUAUGAACUUCUUAACUUUUUACAACUUCUUAUUAUUACUUUAGGAAAGAGUGAUUCUCAGCAGAAAUUUUUGAAAUUGUAUUCUCAAUAUAAACCAGUGCUAACUCAUUUUGAACUCUUAGCACCAGUGGAAUAUUUGGCUAAAUUGUACUAUAAUGUUCAAUUGGGGAAUCCAAAUGGGAAUCAAAACAUGUUGGCUAACUUGAUGGGGGGAUUGUUCAAAUAG